CGCGGAAAGCGAAAUAGAGGAAGAAGAAGAAAAGCCCCCACCAUCGUAAAGAACCUAAAAGCCGGAGACACUAAAAAAAAACCUUUUUUUAGUUGCUUGCACGAAAUCGGCGAAGCAAACACCGACCCAGAAGAAAAGGAUCAGCAAAUUCUGCAGCUUUUUUUUUUAUAUCUCAAUAAUCUGAUUCUCCAUUGCUAAAAUCAUUGUCUUGGAAAAAGUAUUUUUCUUUUUCGGUUGGACUCAAUUCUUCAACAGAUUUGUCCUCUUGAUAGCCAAGAUCCAAGCUGCUUAAUUAAAUUUCUUUCGAUAGGUUGUCUCUUGUUUGGUGUGAAUUGAUGGAUGAAGAUGCUGUGAGUAGCUUUGGAACGCCUGAAACGAUGAAUAAGGAAGACGUUUAUAAGCCGAGAGGAGAGUCAGGAGACUCUACAGGGAAGGCAAUGGCAACGAAGUCGAAAGAGAAAGAGAUUCCUCGUUACCUCAGAGCAUCCACUGGUUCUUGCCAUGAUAUCUGCAAGUACGGGAAGAAACAGAUCUCGGUGGAGAAACCAUGGCGUUCGACUACUAAAAAGAUCUUCAAGAAAUCUCUUGAUGAUGAUUUAAAUGAAACUUUGAAGCCAGGUUCUUCUAAAACGAAGAAGGCGAUAGAAGUUAAGAAAAAGAAGGUUACUGAUGAUUCUUCUGAGAUGAUCAAAAGAGAGGUUGUGAAGCAUCAAGUGAGUGGUGUCUCUAGUGGAUUGAGGAAGCCAGAGGUAUUGAUAAUAUCAUCUGAGGAUGAAACUCCUGUGAAACAGAUGAAGAAGAAGGUGACAUCAAGUUCGAAACUUAAACCUUUACCAGAUUCAAGGUCUCGUAGUGUUGAUUCUCUGAAGCCGAAACUCUUAACGAAAUCUUAUUCAGCACUAGCAACAUCGAAAUCUAAAGUAAACCAUGAGAAAGCUGCUUCUUCACCUGUUCUGAAGCCCAAAAUGGGAUCAAAAGACGAAGAUGCAAAGAUGAAGAAGGCUACAGUCUCAUCCAGAGUUGCUUUAAAGAAAGUUCCGGUGACUCCAAAAGCUUCGCUUUCUCCAAGAAUAUCAGUAAGACUAGCCGGGAAUUCAAGUUUGAGGAAAAGUCAGAGCUUAAAGGCUGCCUCUUCCUCCUCUUCUCGACCAAAUCAGAAACCAAGGCGUGUGAAUCGCACUGAUGAAUCUAAGGAGGUAGAUGGUUAUCCAGUAGAGGAGAAAACAUUGCACGUUGUGGAAAUGGAAACAACGAGCAAAGUCGUCUCUGAACAUGAUCAGAAUCAGCAGUGCAUUGUUGAACCCUGUCCUCCUCUUUCACCGACUCAAUCAACUGAGAAAGAUGUUGAGUGUAUAGUUUCAGAGGAGGAGGAUUAUGAAUAUCUUUCAGGAAGCAACGAAGCUGAGAGCGGAGAAGAAGAGAUUGGAAUGUCAAAUGGUGACGAGAAACCAAGAGCGAGAAAGGAGGGCGAUUCUACAGAUGAAGCUGCUCGUAAAUUACGUUUCAGAAGAGGAAAAGUUGUGGAUGCUGAUGCUGUGGGUGAGAGUGCAAGGAAGCUCAAGUUUAGAAGAGGAAGAGGUCUCGGAGAAGACAAAGCGCAAGAUGCACAAGGAAGGAGAAGCUUUAAGAAGAGGGAAGAUGUUAAAGAAGAAGAAGUAGAUGAUGAUGGUGAAAAAGUUGUGUUGAGGCAUCAAGAUGUUCAGGAGAAAGAUGCACAGGGACUGUUAAACAAUGUCAUCGAAGAAACAGCGAGUAAACUUGUUGAAGCUCGAAAAAGCAAAGUUAAAGCUUUGGUUGGUGCUUUCGAAACUGUCAUCUCUCUUCAAGAAUCUAAACCUCCUGCUAACUCUGGUAUGUGCCUUGGGCAUGAGCAAAGCUAGUAUUUGAGUCUUUGAUUUUCUAGGAGUAGUUGAUUUGGUUUUGGUUUUGGUUUUGGUUUGCAGAAACUGGUAAUCUAGAUUGAGCUCGGUUUGAAAUCAUUUUGGUUUGCUGAACUUCAAGAAGAUUGUUGCUUCAUACACAGUUCAAGGAUAUGUCUCAGCCAAACAUUGUUAUGGUGCGUUGUGGAUAAUACCUGAUGCUUUGGGUUUUGUAUUUGGUUUUUGCUUCUUCUAAACCGGUUUGUUGGCUUUCAUUUGGAUAUGUUCGCUUUACGGUUCGGUUUGUAUAGGAAAAUACUGGUCUAUUUAACAUACAUUUGUUGUUGGUU